AUGCCAGUCAUCAUAACCACAGAGGAUCUCACCAAGGCACAACAAAUUGACGACACUCUAAAAGAAAUUAUCGACUCGGACUCCUCAUCCUUGAAACUUCGUAAACUGCAGCUGGACAACGGAGAAGCGAGCCUGUUUUGUGACGUCUCAGGGAACAAUGUAUGCGUAAGAAAAUCUCAAAAUGUCAAGAUGUGCCUCCCAUGUCAACGCAACAAAAUUCAGCAACAUGUAAAAACAAUACCGGAGCAAAUCGCAAUUCCAGAUGAAAGAUUUCGACAGAUACAUAUCGAUAUCAUAGGAUCUUUGUCUCCAGUAAAUAAUAAAAAGUAUUGCUUAACCAUGGUGAAAUGCUUUACACGUUGGCCUGAGGCAGUUCUAAUAGCAGAUAUUUCAGCGGAAACGGUCUCCAACGCAUUUUACGAAACCUGGAUCGCCAGAUUUGGCGCACCGGCAAUGAUUACUACUGAUCGCGGUACCCAAUUUGAGUCACGACUAUUUCAGGUCCUUAGCAACAUGAUCGGAGCCAAAAGAAUCCAUACGGCCUAUCAUCCAGCUUCUAAUGGGAUGAUGGAAAGAUGGUAUCGUACCCUGAAAACCGUCCUAACUUGCCACGGUUCUUCCAACUGGAUCGAAGUCCUGCCUACUGUCCUGCUGGGUCUUAGAACCUGCGAAAGAGAAUAG